AUGUAGCCCAUUAGUCUAAUGGUAGGACAAGGGAUUCCGGCUCUCUAGGUCGGGGUUCGAUUCCCCGGUGGAUUAUAGUCUAACCCCGGAACUUUUGUUACUUAAGAUAACAUGAUUAGAAUUGAACCAAAAUUCAUAGAAGGAUAUUAAGAUGAUAGUACUAUAGAAGGUUGUGGAGAAAAGCUAAUGCAUUUAUUACAAAAAUUUAAUGUUGAGAAUGUAUUAAUUGCUGUUGGUAUUGAGUAAAAUAAUUAAUUGAGUAUAUUCGAUACUUCAAAUUUUAGAAUAAUUGUAGAAAGAGCGAAAGAUUUAUUGAAUAACCUUUACUAAAAAGUUGUUCAGUCUUAAUCUGAAAUUAAAAGUAUUGAAAAUAAUAAAUUUACUCUAAAUUAAAAAAAACUUUAAAAUAAAAACUUUAGAAUAAAAAAAUAAAUUUAUCAACUUGCAUAUAUUUAAAAUGAGCCUAAAGUUAUUGAUAAAAAAAAUAAUAGACCUAAUCAUAUAUUUUACAAAUAAAAACCUACUUUUUUAGAUAAAAUUAGUUAAAAUUUAGAAAGUGAAAGUUCUUAAAGAAAAAGAAAAAUUUAAAAUUUAAACGAAAAAUUAAAAAUUCAAGCUUAUUAAUUAGAAAAAAUUCUAACAGCAUUAGAUUAAAGAGAUUAUUUACAAUUAAAAUUUGCUAUUUAAUAUGACUAAAAUAAAUUAGUAAAAAAAAUUAAAAAGAAAAAAAAAAUAUUAAUUUUAAUAAAAGACUGAAAAGUAAAAUAAUAACUUAAAAAAAUUAAAUAAAAAUAAAUAAAUAGAGAAUAACUUGCAUACGAGUACGAUUUGAAAUAAGUUUUAGAAAGCAUAACAGUAAAUAAUUUAAAUGAUAAAAAAAUAAAAUAGAUAUAUGAAAUGGUAAGAGGAGAUAAGAGAUUAACAAUAAAAACUAUGAAUUAAAUUAAUGAAUCAUUCGGACCAUUAUUUGGAUUUAUUUAAAUAUUAAUAAGAAGUUAUGAAAACUGUUAAAAAUAAAAAAACUUUUAGAAGAAGAAAAAAAUUAUUAAUACAACGAAAAUAAUAAGAAUUAAGAUUAAUAUAAUAAUAGCUUGCCAAAAAACAAAAAAGUAAAAAAUUAUUAAUUUCUAAUAACUAUAAAAAUAAAAAAAGAUAUUUUUUAUUUUUUAUAAAAUAUAUAAUUAUUUUAUUUAUUAUUAAGACAAUUAAGAUAAAAACAAUAAAUAAAAGAAUUUAGAAAUAGUAUCAUAGAAAAUGAAAAUAAAAUGCUUUUUAAAAAUUAAAAAUUGA